AAAUGUUUUGCAUUCAGGUGCUGCUGAACUGGUGUGACCGAAGGUUUAUUGUAUGUAGGUUAUUGGUAAGAUUCUGCAGGAGUAAUUGAUUGUUCUUUCCACUGCUGGUAAGUUUUUGGACGCAGCAGUUUUUGUCAGGUAGCCAAAGCCAGUUAACCUUAAUACAAAUUCUGUUUGUGGACAAUGGUUGUUAGUUGCACUACUGAAGUGAAUACGAAAAGUUUUUUUUUAAGAGAUGUUUUUGUUUCUACCACAAUAACACUAUGAGGGACUUCACUGGGUCUUCUGACCACCUGAAAACAGAUCUGCUUUUUUGUUGUCGUCAAAAGUGUUCAGAACAUUUUGCAAUUAAUCUUUACCGAAGAAAAAAGUUUUGAAAUCUUAUGGAAUGGCAGACGUCCCCAAGUCUGGUAUCCCAGCUUUCUCUUCAUGGCUCACUCAGGUGUCAGACGCCAUCUCCAGUAGCUUCCGGGGCCUCGGCCAAAAUGGAGUUGUUGAAUCCAAGUCCGACUCCUAUAACCCACAGGACUCCGAUGUGGAUUUGAGACAGAACUUGAUAGGUGCUGGAGUGGAUGUAUCCUCCAUGGAUCCACAAGAGAGGCUGGAAGCCCUUCAAGCCCAGCUGACAAUGCGUAAUCUGGGCAGCAGGUUUGAUUCCUUCCCCUCUGCCACACGUCUCACUCCCAUUAGUGAAGAGACAGAUGAGCUGGAAAGCAGGAGGAGUCUGCUGGUUUCAUGCUGUUCUAGCACUGUGAAUAGUUACGGCGAUGACAGGGAGAUUUCCAGCUCUUCGGACAGCGAGGAUGAGUUAGCAAAGCAGUUUGAGAUCUCCGUGUCCCGCUCGCAAAGCUUCCGUUCAGGGGUCAUUGAGCUCAACACACAGGGUCCACUGGGACAUCAGCACAAAUUUGAACGUUUGCUGUCUGACCAGGAGGAGGGAAGCACAGAGCCAUCUGACUGUGAAGAAACUGAGAGAAUCAGUCUACAGGGUUUCCAAGAUCCCCUCUCGUCCAGGCGACGUAAAGGUUCAGAGCUGAGAGACACCCUAUCAGAGAGUCCUCUUCCUGAGGGCCGUACCUUUACAGACCCCCUCUCUAUGAUGGUGGAGCAGAUUUCUGUGGGGUCCCAGGACACAGGGGACAGUCUGGAGGCCCUACCCAGAGAAGAGAGCAGUCGGCUGGGCAGCGUGGGGCGCCAAACACCACAGAGGAGCCUGGCAGUGGACAAUCAAGGUUAUGACAACAGCGAGGCUACAGAUUACUCCACAUGGAGCCCUGAGCUUGAGCAACCUCCAUCCCACUCUCUGAGCUCUUCCCCUCGCGGGCACAUAUCAAAAUGUGGUGACCUCAUAAUUGCCCUUGACUACCGGGCUGAAACCCACAGGCUCCUUGUCACCGUAGUAAUGGCCCAGGGCAUUCCAGAUAAGGAACGGAGUGGCAUGGACUCCUGGCAGGUUCACGUCGUGCUGUUACCAGGGAAACGUCAGCGGCACAAGACUGCAAUACAGAAAGGUUCCAUGCCACGGUUUGAGGAGACCUUCCGGUUCUCACAUCUAGAACCAAUUGAUUUGGGUUCCUCGGCACUACGGUUCCGCCUGUACGCGUUGGGGAAGAUGAACAGAGAGAGGAGGAUGGGAGAGGCCAUGUACAGGCUUAAAAGACUGAGACACAUGGAACAACUUGAGAUAACCCUGGUGCUCGAGCCACGCAGUAACCUGAAGACAGUAGACUCUCAGUUGUCUUUCAGUGCACAGAGUGACAGUGCUUCCUCUAGUCAGUCUGUGUCUCACGGCGGAAAUCCAGAACUGCUGCUGGGUUUAUCAUAUAAUGCCACCACAGGACGAUUGUCGGUGGAGAUCAUUAAAGGCAGUCACUUCCGUAACUUUGCACUCAACAGACCUCCAGAUACAUUUGGUAAGCUUACUUUGUUGAACACCAUGGGACAAGAGAUCUCCCGCUGUAAGACAUCCAUCCGCCGCAGUCAGCCAAAUCCUGUCUUCAAGGAGACGUUCGUCUUCCAGGUGGCACUGUUCCAACUCUCUGAUGUCACAUUAAUGGUCUCCAUGUACAACCGCCGGAACAUGAAACGCAAGGAGAUGAUUGGCUGGGUGGCUCUGGGCCAGAACAGCAGCGGAGAAGAGGAACUUCUUCACUGGCAGGACAUGAAGGAGAGCGGAAACCAACAGGUCUGCCGCUGGCACACCCUACUGGAGGCUUAAAGGAGAGAGAGUGGGGGAAAUGUAUGAUUCCAGUUUAUGGAAAUAUAAUCACACUACCUAAAAUGUGUUCAGGAUAUUCCUUUUGGGAGAAAGAGCCAGACAAUAGAAAGCAAGGUCAAAUAUACCCAUGAAUGAAAGGAAAUGAACAAGCAACUUUUAGCGAUAUCAUACAAAGACUGGUUAUGAAGAUAAGACAUGCAGUUGUGAAAAUCUUGCAAGUACCUACAAUCACUAAGAAAACACCACACACCACUUUUUUCCCCUUAGGGUACUUAAUACAACCUCUUAUCUGAUCUCCAGGAUAUGACCUCACAGUGUAAUGCAGACUACUCUCUUCAAUCCCUGCAGCAGCCAAUCAAAACAAAUUAUUGACAGAGUCACAGUGAUUGUUGCCUAGCGAUUUCAUGAAUGGAGGUUUGAGGUGGAAUAAUUAAAUGCCUUUCUUUAGCUGAUUUUAAGCCUCAAGUUUAUACUCACAUCAGGAAUAGUUUGUGAUAUUGGUGAGGUUCUAAGAGAUCAAACGUUUAAUGAGUGGAAAACUGUUAGUUGAACACAUGCACUUUCAUACUGUACAUGCUCUCUUACUAAUGGCACGAAAGCUGUUUCUUUUUAUAACAUUUUUAUCUAUGUUCAAAACAUGGGUAGUAGAGAGUAAAUAAAUGUCUUUGCUCCCUGGAUAAGAUCCAUCCCCUUAACUAUUGUUUAGCUGGUUAGAAGAGGUCUCUCAAUCUUCAAAUGACUUAAAGCUUAAUUUUUAGAAAUUAUAAAAUGUCAGUACCCCUUUUACCAACAGUUGUGCUUUGAUGAGUAUCACACAGAUAGUUACACAAACCACUGAUUGUCUGUACACACAACACAGACGCUUAUGCAUCUCUAAGACAUUGCCAAGUCCAGAAAACUUAUUCUGAAAAUCUUAACUCUGUCCACUUGAUAUUCAAUCCAAACUCUUUUUUAAUGCAUGCCUGUAAUGCUCAAUGCAUUUAAAGUGCCCACUCAAAUCUAUAUGUUUUUUUUAUUUAUAGCCAGUGGUUUUGGAGAUUAUAGCAUGGAAAAUGUUACAGAUGCAUCCUCAGUGUUCUAAAAUCAAUAGUGCCUGUUCUGCAUGCUUUCAAAUACAGAGUGUUUUUUGAAGAUAAAUGCAUAUAUUUUUGUCUGUCAUUAAAAACAUCU